AUGGAUUUGAAUUCAGAUGAAUUUUUUUUUGGUAUAAACAAGUCUUUGUACUUUAAAACUGAAGAAUAAAAGAAUGAAAUGAAAAAAAUGGAUCCAGAGUACAUUACUAGGACCGGAACCGAUUUUGUAUUAUUGCCCAAUUCUCCUGAAUUCAUUAACCACAACGAACCAUUUGAACCUAUGUAUAUACCAAAGCAAACAAUUCUGGAGGAAAGUCUAAGAAGAGAGAUUGAAAGAAUAUGUUUUGCAGAUACUUUGUUGAAUAAAGUAGUUUUCGAUUGUGCAGAUCCUAGUCCUUUUAAUAAGGAUACUGAUCCAAAUGUCUAUGGAUUAGAGGUAUUGCCUUUUUAUAUACCUUAAACAAAAGAAGACACAACUUUAGUUUUUGAAAGUAGAUUUGAAAGUGGGAAUCUAAGAAGAGCAAUUUAGAUAUGCGAUUACGAGUAUAAUCUAAUUCUCAAACCAGAUUAUUACACAACAAUGAAUACUUAAUGGUUUUACUUCUCAUUAUCAAAUACGAGAAAGGAUGUCGAGUAUCGGUUCAAUAUAAUAAAUAUGAUGAAGCCUGAUUCGUUAUACAAUUCAGGAAUGAAACCCUUAAUGUAUUCAGAACAAGGAGCAAAGCAUAAAAAAAUUGGGUGGUUUAGAGAUGGACAUGAAAUAUGUUAUUACUAGAACAAUAUGAAAAGAAAGAAUGGUGGGUAUUAUUACACUUUGACAUUUGCAGUCAAAUUCCAAUAUGAUUUUGAUUGCAUUUAUAUAGCUCAUUGUUAUCCUUAUACAUAUACUCAUUUGUGUAGGUAUUUGAAACAAUUGGAAUCUGAUCCAGCAAAAAAAAAUAGAGUGAAAAGAAAAUAACUUUGUUAGACAAUUGCUGGAAAUACUUGUGAUUUUUUGAUUAUUGGUGAUUUUAAUAAUGGGAAAGAGAAAAAGGGUAUUGUUAUUACAUCUCGAGUUCAUCCAGGAGAAACUAUGGCUAGUUAUGUUAUGGAGUAUAUGAUAGAUUUCUUAACUGGUAAUACUCAUGAAGCGAGAAUCUUGAGAGAGAAUUUUAUAUUUAAAAUUGUUCCAAUGCUUAAUAUUGAUGGAGUUGUAAAUGGAAAUUAUAGAUGUAAUUUAGCAGGUGUUGAUUUAAAUAGAUAAUGGAUAGAUCCUAAUAAAAAAUAACAUCCCACUAUUUAUCAUACCAAAUAAUUAGUUAAAAAAACAAAAGAGGAAAGAGACCUAGUGUUAUUUUGUGAUAUCCAUGGUCAUUCAAGGAAGAAGAACAUAUUCAUGUAUGGAUGUUCAGGAAAGGAUCCGAAUAGAAAAGAAUUAGUGUUCCCUAUGCUCAAUAGAAAUAAUUGUAGUGUCUUCUCAUUCAAGGACUGUUGUUUCUUACUCUAGAAAGAUAGAGAAGGGUCUGCAAGAAUUGCUCUGUGGAGAGAAUUCUCAAUAAUUAAUUGUUAUACACUAGAAAUGUCAUUUUGUGGAGCUGAUUUUGGUAAAUACGAGUAUUUUCAUUUUAAUUUGGAUAUCUACAAAGAAAUUGCUUAAUCAUUUUGUCUGUCUAUAAUCGAUUGCUAUGAACCAGAAUAGAUCAAAGUUAAGUAGGUGAUGGAAGAGAUAGAGUAGAACAGUCUGAAGAAUCAACAAAAAGAUGAUAAGAACAAUUCAGGAGAUGAAGGAUCCGAUUACUCUAAUGAUGAUCCAAAGGAGUAAGCAAUGCCCCAGUAAAUUCAAGUUUAGACCAAUGAUUAAUACCAAAAAACUUAAAAAAAUACCACUUCUACCUCCAAAGAAGAAAAAAGGACUAUGAAUAUGCAUUAGAAUAAUUAACUGAUUAAAUAAUUUAAAUUUAUGAAUUAUCCACCUUGGGGGACAGUCAUGGGAUAACCAUUUGGUGUUCCAGCUUAUUCUAACAUUGGAUUCGUCUUCGACAGAAAUAAAAUCCAUGAAUAUCAGUGUUAUUGGCCCAAAGAAGAAACUGGUUUAGCAAGAGAUGUUUAUAUUGGAUUUAAAUAUCAAUGUGUUGAAUAUGCAAGAAGAUUUCUAACCUUGUAUUUUAAAGCUGCCUUCUAAGAUGUUCCACAUGCCCAUCAUAUUUGGGCACUUGAGACAAUAGAAGAUUGCACAAAAGAAGAAGGAACGUUCCCUUUUGUCAAUUUCCCAAACGGCUCUAAAGAACCACCCAAGAUUGGAGAUAUCAUCAUCUAUCCUUACUCAAAGGAACAAAGAUUUGGCCAUGUUGGAGUUAUUAUCAAUGUGAAUUUGGAAGAAAAGAUUGUUGAUAUUGCUGAACAAAAUUACGAAGAGGCUGGAUGGGAAUGUCCAGAAUAUGCAAGAAGAUUGAUCUUGAAAAUUUAAGAUGGAUAGUAUUUCAUAACAAAUAAAAGAAUUGGAAAACCUUAUGAUAAUUGGGACGCCAAGGAAGAAAUAUUUGGAUGGAAGAGAAUAGACUUUAACCCAAAGCUAUGACUGUUAAUUUAAUUCAUUUUUGAAUUCUAAUUGCUCUAAAACUUA